UACCAGCAUUAUCAGCUGGUGAAGUUGCUUCUUUAUUCUAUGUUACCAGCGCCUCAUUGAACCUACGUGUGAAGUGUAGGCAUUGCAACGAGACUUCAUGAAAUGGAGCACGGAGAUGAAACCAGUGACGAAUUGCAUGACAGCAAUAUGUACGAAACAGCGUCAUUGCCCACCACAGAUCGAUUGACUAGAGCAACCAGUCCCCGCUCAAGCGCACCUUCCCAACAGCCCUGUACAGCGACCGAGCAACAUGCAUGUUGGAUAGCUGACCGUCUCUCGCUCAUCAAUUCGUUUCUCUUUCGUGUAAGAAUGGAACUGCGAGAAAUGUGGGGGCAGAGGGGACAUCUGGCUCUUGUUGAUGUGCCAGAUAAAUGGUUGUUCCAGGAAAGUGUGUUGCCAGAACAGUACGAUGAAGCAGUUGGUAUUUUGCACUGGCUUCUCAAGAAACAUUUUUGCAUACGUUAUCUCUCUAUUCAUCCAUUAUUGUUAUCAGAGCGCGGUGCAGCGCUCGCCAAUGGGCUCCAACAUAGCCCUUCCAUCAAGUCACUGAAAAUCAACUUCAAUAAGUCUGAAGUCACAAAGGCCCUCUAUGGCAGCUUGUGCACCCUGAGAAACCUGGAAUCAUUGGAAUGCUUGGCACCAGGGCACGAUCAAAGAGAAAUUCCAACCACCGCAGCGAUGCUCUUGCGAGUGUGUCCGUACUUAACGACACUCAAGAUUUCUGACUUCUGUAUGGAGGACGACAACAUGGCCAUCGCUUUUGCCGCAGGUCUGAAAGCAAAUUCAACACUGAGAGAGCUGUCUGUACAUGCUUCAAUAUGUGAAGCUAGCAGGCACGAGUUUGCAGAGUACCUGAAGACCAGCAGUUCAUUAAACAACCUCAGCAUUGUAGCAGGCAGUGAUGAAAGGCAAACCUGCACCUGCUGGAUGGCAGAAGGCAUCCUCGCCAGCAAAUCUGUGACAAAGCUGGAUCUCGGGAACAUUAAAUUUGACGAGGAGAGGGCCCAGCUGGCAGCGAGAGUUUUCACCGAAAAUCGAGUUAUGCAGAGCUUCAGUCUGAAGUAUUACUCGUCGGAAGAUCUGCAAAAGUGUGCACUUUAUUGCUGGCAUGCAUCACUCUCAAGCAACGACACACUCGAAGAACUCGAGCUUCCUAUGGACAUUUGGAGUGCGUGUCAGUGGGAUGAAUUCAUUUGGACUGCAUCAAGAAGGCCGUGUUUGAAGAAGCUUACUAUUAAUCAAGGCACAGAUCGGCAAAAGCUGCAAGGUUUGUGCAAGGUUCUCAGAAAAAGUGGUGCAGAAAAGAAAGUCUCUCUCAAGACUGACAUUUUUUUCACUGCUGCAAAUAUAAUCGAAUCUGCCGCACUCACAAGUGUCGCUUUGUUUUCUUUUGAUGAUCAGCUAAAGCAGCAGUUGUGCCAGCUGCAGACAUCUAAUCACAUUACAUCUGUAUGUAUUGGAGUCAGAACGGGUGACAUUUCUCUCUGUUUAGCCGUUGCAGAAUACAUCAAAGCGGCACCAUCUAUUCGAAAGUUGAGUUUGCAGUUGUGCACGCAAUCUGGCGACAUGGCCGACGACACAAAUAGAUCGUGGAAAGUGCUUGUCGAGUCGCUAUCUAAAAAUGUGACCCUGAGGGAGUUGGAAGUAAAUCUCCAAUACCGCAUUGGUUUUGAUGAAGAUGAAGAACCAGAUCAUAUUGCUCGGGGAAUCCAAGACAUCGAGGUUAUACCACAUGAAUUGGAGAAACUUGCUCGGGUGAUUAAGUCUGGUGAGAAGAUACGAAGGGUGCACUUCCGAGCCGAACACACAAGCCACAUGACUGCCUUCCUUUCGGAGUUAUGCAAGGACAUCUCAAAUGAGUUCGCUCUUGUCAGUGUUACUCUAGCCGGUUCCUUGGCAAUGGAGUCUACGGCAGACUGCUUCCAUGUAUGGGAAACAACACGUCGAAACUCUGGCCUGGUCACACGGGCUGCAGAAUUUGUCUCUGGGCACAGACUGGACAGGCGUUACGCAGCAGCCUUGGAAUUUGUUGCACGCUGUCCUCCUCUCCUUGAAGAGUUUGCACAGCAGCAGUCUCUCACAGUUGCGGAUGCCACUCUUACCAUUCGACGUUCGCUCGGGGAGCAUCGAAAGCGUGCACGAUUUCACGCGCCUCGUCGGCGUUGUCCGAGAGCGUGUCGUGUGCCACCCGAGCAAGGACAGCCACCCUCAACUGGAUGACCUGAAUGACGACUGCUGGAGGUUGGUGCGUCGCCACGUUACCCUUGCCAAUGUUGGAACAUGAACACGUUCUUCGUUUGUUAAUGGAUCCGUAGCGAGAGGACAACUUCAAGCAGUGCUUGCAACGUUUUCCAGUCGAAGUCUCUCUGUAAACCGAUGAACAACUGUACCUUCACACUGCCAAAGGACUUUAUAGACUUUCGCUAUGUUUUACGUGAUAAAAUGUUGUUGGACGAUCUGAAUGACUGCUAGGAAAUGGUGCGUUACUACCUUAUCCUUUGCAGCUGUAAGUGUGCACAAAACCUUCUUUAUUGGAUCUGUAAUGGGAGGGCAUUGUCUGUGUAAUUGGAUGAGCAACUGUUUCCAAAGAAUGCCGAUGUCUGCGUAUAUACUAUUGCUACGUUAAAGAUGUGAGACAUUGUUGUUUGUUUUUCAAGACUUUGUCACUUUAGUUAUUGAUAUAGCCCAUUAUGAUAGUGCUUUGGCCAAGCUCCUGCAACACCUUAUGCAAAUUUUUAUGGUGCCUGAACAGUGAAUCCAGGGGCUUCCACAGCUUUCACAAAAAAGAAAGUUUGUGAUUAGGAAGUGAUGUGUUGUCAUCUGCUCAUUGGGGAAGGUGCCAGGUUGUAUUGGCACAAGGAAUGGCCUAUGGCUUAAGGAGUAGGGAUGCAAAACGAUAAAUAAUAAAAAAA